CUCACUUGGUUUCCGCCGUGGCGCCGCGCGCGGAUCGACCCCCCCAUCACCCCGGCCGGCCUCAGGGAGAGACGAACGAUGCACUGUCCGAACGCGUGAACUGCUCCACGGUCGCACGGUGAAAACCCGCAGAGAUAUCUGUACCCCACCUCCCCCCCUUCCGCCUCCCUCCCACCCUCUUCCCACCCAAAAAAAAAAAGCAUAAUUGCGCAGCGAAGAUAUAGCGCACGGCGCGUCAGGGACGGAUCAUGCACUGUCAAGCCGAGCUGAGGCUCUCCUCCCCCGGGCAGCUCAAGGCGGCCAGGCGGCGCUACAAGACGUUCAUGAUCGACGAGAUCCUCUCCAAGGAGACGUGUGAUUACUUUGAGAAACUCUCUCUGUAUUCGGUGUGCCCGUCGCUCGUCGUGCGGCCGAAGCCCCUCCAUUCAUGCUCGGGCCCCUCGUCGCUCCGCGCCUACCCCCUCCUCUCGGUCAUCACGCGGCAGCCCCCCAACCUGCCCCUCCACCUCCCCGGGCCGCCGUCCCCGGUCGGAGCGCCGCCGCACCCGCUCUCCCUGCAGCACCCGCGGGGCUCCGAGGCCUCGCCGAGCCGGACGCCCCUCAGCGUCAGCAGCGAGUCGGAGGCGGAGCGCGGCACGCCGCGCCUGAAGAAGCCGCGCCGCAGCCGCACCAUCUUCACCGAGCUGCAGCUCAUGGGCCUGGAGAAGAAGUUCCAGAAGCAGAAGUACCUGUCCACACCCGAUCGGUUAGACCUGGCCCAGUCGCUGGGACUCACACAGCUCCAGGUGAAGACGUGGUACCAAAACAGGCGUAUGAAGUGGAAGAAAAUGGUGCUCAAAGGAGGUCAUGAGGCCCCGACUAAGCCCAAGGGAAGACCUAAGAAGAACUCCAUCCCCACCACGGAAGAAAUAGAGGCCGAAGAGCAAAGGAUGAAGGUGGAGGAAGAGGAUCGGAUGAGGAUGGCGACGAAGGAAGCCGCGCCGGCUGGCGGAGGAGAGCCGUCUCAGCUGGAACCCCAGGAUCUCAGCUCGGCGCCUCGCAGCGCCGCGGCGAUGGAGGAGGCCGAGCGAGAGCUGCCGCUCCGGGUGCCGUCUGAGACGCAUUCGGCCAGUUAAGCAAGAACAAAAUGACAAAAAGACUGACGCCAACCUGAAAACUAAUCGUGCCUCAGGAUCACUGUAAGAAGCCCGUUUGGUGUUAAGAGCCAUUUGCUUUAACAAGUUGCCUGGAAAACGUAUUGCUGGAGUCCAAUCUUUACCUAACGAAGCCUUUUUUUUUUUUAGUUCAUUUUGUAUUAGAAAAUGUACCGCACCAAGAGCUAAAAUGCAAAGACACCGGUAAGCAUUGGGCCUUUAGGACGUGUAUAUUAGCUGCACCCUGUUUAAGGAGUGUAAAUCUGUCAAAUGGAAGGUCAGGUCAGUCACAUCGCUGCCUAACCUCGUGGUGCAACCAUGAGCGAUUAAACUCACCGACGAUCUUCCAAGCUGCCUCACAAAGUGCAUGUGCCAAAAUAUCAAGAUUUGCCUUAAUGUGGUGUCUCUAUGUAUUUAUAUGUGUUGUAAAUCACUUCAACGCCAAAACUAGAUCAUAUUCAACGGCUGCAGUGCCUUGUCGGUCUCAGAGGAAAGCUUUUAAAGUGUUUAUAAAAGAACUAUCAAGUGUAUUUUUUAAUGUCAGUUUUGAUUACAAAUAUUCCAUUUUUGGAGACAGAGUUGUAAAGUUUUAAAGAGCACUUCUAUGUUCAUUGUGGAGGUCCUCUGCACUGCUUUAAGGCGUACAUAUUUCAUGAUUUGGUUAGUAAAGCUUGCAUUUUUUAUUUUUCGAUCUGAAAAGAAAAACAAUAUUUCUGCUACGCCACUGUAACAUACUGUAGAAAUGUGUAUAAAGUUUAAAAUAUAUGGUCUUUCAGAUAUAUAUCAACAGUACGGAGGAGUGAUGUACAGUAUAUACAAUAUAUACAUAUUGAUAUAUAUAUAUUGAUGUAUAUAUAUAUAUACUAUAUAUAGAAAUAUAUAUACAUAUAUACAUAUAUAUAUGUAUAUACAUAUAUAUAUAUAUAUAUAUAUAUAUAUAUAUAUAGGGUGUAAAACAGUAUUUUUAACUGCUGUUUUAAAUUGGAUUAAAAUAGUUUGUAUGUAUAAUGUUACUGCUGUCCCUGAUCUUUUUCCCCCUUCCUUUGGAAUUAGGAGGACUCUACUUUCUGCCACAAGGACACUAAGACUCAGAGUCUGUCAGAGACUCUCAGAGGGUAUAAAUUAUUACCAGUGCCAAAGAUGUACGGCGACUCUUAAAAUAUCAGACCUAUUCAGCCUGCAGACAUUGCAUGAGUACCCCAAACAGUAUUUUAAACUUGCUUUGACAAAACACUGUCUUCUCUUUUCUUUUCUCGUUUUUUUCCCCUCGCAAAGAAUUGUAAUUAAAGAGUUUCACUCUUUGAACUACACAGAUUUAUUUUUGUUUGUUAUUGUUUCAUAUAAAAAGUGCAGUAUUUUUCUGAUGUAAAUAACGUUAUUUUGCUCAAUUCGUUUGGAGUUUUUUUUUUUAAGUUUGUGUACAAUCAUUUUUACUAUAUACAAGUGUGUGUUUACGUAUUUAAAUACACCUAAUAAAACAAACAUCCUUUAAAUUCCA